AUGAAUUCGAUAACCGCCGUGCGUAUUUCCGACCUCAUCGCGAUACACGAGGCGCGGGAUGCCGCAGGGAGACCGCAUCUCGCCACAGGAUACCGUUAUUCAGUCGGGAAAACGAUCCUUGCUUGCAUCACCCCUCGAAGCCACGACGCAGACGUAACUGUACUAAGCGCUUUACGGACCAUGUCGGCCGAUGGGUCGACGACAGACAUCAAUGGGCUGCUCAACGAUACCGAAUCAGAUCUCACCGGGCUAUCGCAUGUCGGUAAGUUCAUCACUUUUACUAUUCCU